AUGGUUUCCUUGGUGCCGCUGAUAUUCAUAGCCAUAGCGCUACAGCCGUGGACGGGAGCGUUGACGGACAGCAGGCACAGACGCCAACAGGAAGAUGCAUCGCAUUCAGAUGGCAGCUACACACACACCGCGGUGAACCACUCAAAAAGAGGCGUGCAUGGAGAUCAUCAUCCCACUAAUCAGCAUCACAGCCACGCGGAGUCAUCCGAGGAUCACCGCCGUGGACAUCGCAAGCUGGGAGCACUGUCUAAGCAAGUAUCACUCCUGCAGGCAGCUCCGCAGAUGCUGGUAGACAAGCCCGCGGAUGGCAUGACUGUGACAAACCCGGAAAAGCUAACUAGCUACUCCCAAACGUUGGUGUCUGUAGUGGAUCCGGUGGCAGGGACUAAUGUCCAGCCACAGGGCCAAACGGCUGCAGCUGCUAAUGUGGCUCCAGCCCAGGGAGCGAACCAAGCCGCACAAGGAAACGGACUUGCUACCCAGGAAAUAGCAUCAGAAAACACAGAAGAAAACAAUGGGCCAACCGAAUUUGCGUGUAAAUUCCUGUGGUUCCUCUUCAAAGAGUGCAACAAGCCAGCCCCGGCCAAGCAGGAUGUUUCCGUGCAGAGCAGUGCUCCCACAGAAACUUCGGAUGAUCAGCAGCCCGUGCCGCCUGUAGUGUCGUCCUCCUGUACCAUAUACGGCACCACGGUGCUAUCGCUAGACGACUUCAAGGACGCAGAGGAAAAUGGAUGGAUACUCGUCAACGACUCGAAUGCGCCCAGAAUCACGCAUAACAAACAAGUCAACCUGGACAAACCAGCACAACUGCAGCUAAAGGCAACGCUCUGCAACGCUGCCACGUACGAGGCAACAAUCAAACUGGGUGUUGACAGCAGCGGAGGUUUCAUCAUCCGUGGCUCAGAUCAAGACUUCGUGGUAUUCGAGAUGAACACGCUCGCAAAGACCGCCACGCUCAAGAGCAUCAACGGCGCGUAUCAGGACAUUAUUAGCGAAGUUGCCUGCGACAAAAUUAACAGCCAAUUUAUACAGAAGGUACAGAUAAGGGACACAGGCUACAAGGGGCAAAUCGAUAUCCUAAUCGACGGUCGUAAAAUUACUUCGACCUCAAGAAUGCCAUAUAAGUCGUCCGGUUACUUCGGAUUCUACAUCGCACAAGGGAACGCAACCUUCGGAGACCUCUCCGUGGUGCCAAUCAACGAUUGA